AUGACCGCAAUCAUCGUCAAGAUCGCCUCGGCCAUCGCCGUCUUUGUAUGUGCCAUCCAGGCCGCCCCUCUCCUUUCUGAGCAGUGUUCUGGCAGCGCUUGCCAGCAAGCCGCCUCUGCCGGAUCCGUCAGCGUCGGAUCUGUCACCAACGUCAUCCCCGAGACCAAUAUCAUCCCCGUCACCCGUCUCCAGCCCGUCGUCAAGGUCCACUCGGCCAUCGUCCAAUCCGACUGUGAUCAGUCCAAUCUUCUUGGCCUCAGCGGCAUGGGCGGUACUCCCUACUAUAGUCGUCAGGGUAUGAUGCUUCCCUACGGCCAAUUUGGCCGCAUGGGUCGCUACGCACGUGGACCCUCGACCAUUAACACCGCACUGCUCAACCCAAUGAUGAGGCGUCGUAUCCGCGAACCCUCCCUCUCCACCGACAUGGGAGCGGUGCUGCGUCCUGACUGCGUCCCUUCGGCCACCGACAACUGUGUCCAAACCAUCCCUUUUUCCACCACGGACAUGGGCUCAACCGUCACCGCCGUCCCCGAGAACAUCGUCCUUCCCUCAACCGUCUACCAAGGCAAGGUCAAGGCCGGCCCCGCUGACGUCUACGCCGCCGAGGCCACCCACCAAUCCCUCCCCGGCCAGCGUGUCAACUUGGGUUCCGACACCAGGAUCCAACCCAUCACUAAGGUCUACCCCUCGACCACCUACCAGCCUUCGGUUGACCAGAAGGCGACCAUGGUGGAGGCUGCCCCCGCGAUGGAUCAGAGUUUGGGUCGUUCGUCGGUUUCUUUGGGGUCUUCGGUUUACAUUCGUCCCACGACCACGGUUGAGCCCUUGACGAUUUUCCAGCCCAAGAUCCAGAGCUUGCCGUUCAUCAUCCAUAGCGAGACUGCUUGUGACCAGGAUGCUUACCAGCAGCAGCAGUAG